GGAAGUGACUAGUAAACUUGAGAAUUCACCACAUACUCGGUUGUCUUUUGGCGCCUUAUCCCUCUCUAAUCCCAAAUCCAGAACUUUGCAACCUGCACAAACCCAUCAAAACUGACUGACCCAAAUCCAAUCAAGACUCAAUCAAUUCUUCCACUUCAGUUCAAGAUUGCAUUUUCUACCUCAAUGGCUAUGGCUCUGAACCUCAAACCCACCAUUUCCAUGUCCCUCACUCCAUUCCUAACCUCUCCUCCGUUUUCACUCAAAACCCAGAACAGCUCACUAUUCUUUAACAGAAUCCCUUCAACAAUUCAGACACAUAAAACCUCAUUUCCACUGAGAACCUGCACUAACUCUCAAUUCUGUAGCACCAGAAGACUGUUCCUUCCCUCAGUUUCUGGCAUCUGGGAUGCCAUCACCGGCGGCAACAAUCCCCGUGAAGCCGUUGCCGCAAUCCGAGGUGGAAUGGUUCUGUUUAGACAGGGUGAUGUUGCAGGGUCUGUAGCAGAAUUUGACAAGGCAAUUGAGCUUGAUCCUCGCCAAAAGGCAUAUCUUUGGCAAAGGGGGCUGUCACUUUACUAUCUUGAUAGAUUUGAAGAAGGGGCAGAGCAGUUCCGAAUAGAUGUUGCCCAGAAUCCAAAUGAUACAGAGGAGUCCAUUUGGUGCUUUCUCUGUGAAGCUCAAUUAUAUGGAGUUAAGGAAGCAAGGGAACGGUUUCUUGAGGUUGGCCAAGAUCCAAGACCUGUCAUGAGAGAAGCCUAUAACAUGUUUAAAGACGGUGGUGAUCCAGAAAAGCUUGCUGAUGCAUUUAAAAAUGGCCGAGACAGUGAUUAUUUCUAUGCUUCUCUAUAUGCUGGCCUUUACUAUGAAGCUCAGAAGAAACUGGAUGAGGCCAAAGUUCACAUCCUUGCUGCUUAUCAGUCUUCCUAUGGACAAAGAUCUGAUGAUUACAUGGCCUCUCUUGCCAAAGUUCACUGUGUUUGUCGAAAUUGGAGAUCUGAUUGAAGCUCUUGGUCAUUCCUAUAACAAAAGUUGGUUCAUCAUGUAUUCUAAUGUUAAUGUACUAUAUAUAUAGCUUCGUUGUCGAGGUGAAGUUGGAGCAAGGGAAAUCAAUCUAUUGUAGUAUUAGACAUAUUAUGAUCACAUAACUUUGCCCAGAAAAGAAAUGAAAAAGCCUUGGGCAAUAUAUUCAUUCUCCUA